GCGCCCCUUGGAUUAAAGGGUUCUGAGGCUCUGUCUUUAAAGUGUCUAGUUGGGUCUUGAGUCUUUCUCCAUUCUGACAACCUCUUCUUUUUAUUGGACUUUUUAGUCUAAAGAGAUCAUUACCCUUUUUCUUUGAGAAUUUUAACUGUACUUGUUUGGAUUUUUUAUUUCGAGGUUGCUCUGGAGAUUACAGUAAACACAGUUUUUUUACAGUCUACUUAGUGUAGCAAUAGUCUAGCACUCCACAGGCAAAAUUGCAAACUUAGCCUCUAGGCCUCACAUGGGACCACUCCCCACACCCCCUUACGUUGUAGUUGGAUGUGCUGUGUCUGUGAACCUCAUGGCCACCACCAGUGGUGUUGUGAUUGCUUGCAUAGAACAGUCAUAUGGAAUAAAGUCCUCCAGCUCUGUGCUUGGAAUCUUUAUCGAUACUCUUUGAUGUUUUCUUUGCAUUUUUCUUGUAGAUUAGCCUACCAUGGCCGACCAGAGACAGCGCUCACUCUCUACCUCUGGGGAAUCACUAUACCAUGUUCUGGGGCUGGACAAGAAUGCAACCUCAGAUGACAUUAAAAAGUCCUAUCGGAAACUUGCCUUGAAAUAUCACCCUGACAAGAACCCCGAUAACCCAGAGGCUGCAGACAAGUUUAAGGAGAUCAACAACGCCCACGCCAUCCUGACGGACGCCACAAAAAGAAACAUCUACGACAAGUACGGCUCGCUGGGGCUCUACGUGGCCGAGCAGUUUGGGGAGGAGAACGUGAACACCUACUUCGUGCUGUCCAGUUGGUGGGCCAAGGUGAGGGGAGCAGGCGGCCCCUGCGGCCCCGGGUCGCCGGGGCCGCUCUGGGCCCGGGGCACGGCCGCCGCCCUCACACGACGAGCGCCGUGUGCUUGCUUUGCAGAGGCCGCAGACUCGCCCAUCGUCGUACAGCCCGCGUCCGCCACAGAGACCACCCAGCUCACGGCCGACUCCCACCCCAGCUACCACACCGACGGGUUCAACUAAGUCCAGGAGCAGCUGCGACGGAGGACAGCUCGGCCCCCGGCCACUUCACCCUUAGAACCACGGAGCGUAGUCCCAGAGAUGGGGAGGGGGGCAGCUGCCGGCCCACCGGGGCCCUUCCCACCUCUGCGCCCGCCCGCCCGUCGCCCCCACACGUGAAGUGCGUCGCAUGCAGUAUUUAAAGCAGUUAGCUACGGUCUUCUUCUUCUUUUUCUGUUUCCUUCUUUUUUAAUAGCAUGUAUGGGGUUCUGUUCCAUGUCUGUGUUGUGGACGUGCGGCGGCGUGACCGCGUUAACCGGACGGCGGAGCCUCCUGGGGCUUUCCACUCGCCGCUCCGACCUCGGCUGCGUGGUGCCUCCCAGCGGGGCGGGCUGCGCGGGAGUGGGUGUGUCAGCCCCCCCGAGUCUCAGCACACUCCUUUCCCGUGUGUCGGUGGGGGCCGGAGGCAGGUGCUGCCGGGCGGGAGCUGGGGGGUCUGACGCCACCCCGUGCUCUCCAGCUGUGCGCACACAGGCAGAGCCUCUGGACGCAGUGUCGGGAAGGAGCUGCUGUGCCCUCCCUUUGCCCGGUGCCCUCGGCGUUUCCGUGCUGUUGGUUUGUGCGGGUCUGUUUGCCGUGGUUGCUUGGCCUUGUGGCCGGGUUUUUCCCAUGGGCAGGUUUGUUGUGGAAAGUGUGGGAGUCUCUACUGACCCCAAGACCACGUUUUCUACCUGGGUGCAGCCUCGGUCUCCAUGUCACAUGGUCUUGUGAGCAUGCUCCCUCGCCAGGCUGUGGGAGGUGGUUCUUCCAGGCUCCCACACGUCCCCAGGCCACGAGCUGGAUUGAUGGGGCCACAUUCCUCCACCUCCUCUCCCCUUCGGCCACCCUCCACAUUCCUUCAGGCCCCCCUGGCCGCCUGGUGGUCCUUUCUGGAUCUCUAAGCACCACAAAUGGUAGCAGUGGCCCAGUGUGCUGUUGUUAGAGGGGCUGACCGUCCAGGUUGCUGGUGGAGCGUGGCUGAGCAGCCCUGGGAAGCACACGUGGGGAGCACAGCCCUCUUCUCUGUGCUGUCCAGGGCUCCUACCCACCCCACUGUCCAUCAUUGCCUGUGCCCUUCAGUCACCGUUGAUGGUUCAGGCAGAGCUAGAGACAGGUUCCUGGAGGAAGGACCAGCUGGACCAAAGGCACAGCCUGGUGCCCUUGGGUUGUGAGCCUGCAGCCUGACCGUGGAGCCCCCCACUGCCCGUUGUCUUGAGCAGCACCUUUUGUGAACUGUUGGAAGUCAGUCUUUCUUGUCUGUGUCCCAGAACUUGUGGGUGGUGCCCCUGCUGCAGGAGACAAGGAAACGGGUUAUGAUGUGCCCAUGCUGGCCCAGAGUUCACAGUGGCCCCCACACCCCCAGCAGCCCUGGAUGUGCUGUGGCUCCCUGUUGGACCUGCACAGGUCACCGGAGACCCAAGUGGUUUCCGCAGAGGGAAGCAGCGUUCCGCUGCUGAAUGUCUCCCGCGUGUCCAGUAGGUGAAGAACAAGGACGACGAUGUCGGCUCCGACGCACCAGAGCAUGUUCCUGAUGCCCACGGUUUCCACCACCGCCUGCUCCCCACCCCGCGCACCUGCUGGGCCUCAGCCCUUGUCUGCCCACCCACAGCUGUGCCGAGAGCAGGUUCUUGUUGGCCGGAAGGGGCCGGAGGGGCAGCAGUGUCCGUGCAGAGCGUGGACAGGCUCUGAGCGCAGUGCUGGCUGAGGCCGGCUCUGGCCGGGCUGGUGCAGUUGCAGCCGCUCCCAGGUCCUUGGGCAGGUGUUUGGUCCCCCCCCCUUUUUUUGGGGGGGGUUUUGGUUUUUGUUCAUUAAAAUGAUCAUGAAGACAUUCAGUGAGAGGAAAAAUAUGCACUGUGAUCUUAAAUUAGAAAUAAUUUGCUAAAAUCAGACAUCAUGAAAGGUUAAGGAAUCCAUUGACACCCUCCCCCCACCCGGCACAAGGGAGGAGGUAAGACCACAGGGCCAGUCCCAACACAGCAACAAGAACGCAGCCUUUGUGAUGUUUCUGAAAAUUACUUUCUGAGCUGUUUUUCGCUGGAAUGGUCAAGAACCAAGUUCAAAGCUGGGACUUCAGGUAGCAAGCCUCCCCCCUGUGGGGACCACUGCAGCUCCGUGGUCAGGAAACCUCAAGGCCCACCACAUGUGUCCGAGCGAGUCCUUGAUGGCGUCUUCCACUUGACAGAACGUGAAGCUCCACUGGGGACCAGGGUGCUGGGAGAGGGGCAGGUCUGGAAGGUUGUUGAACCCAGGCUCCUGUAGAAUUUGUAAAAACUAAAUAAAUCAUGACAGUGAUGAUAACAAUCCUUAAGAUGGUGGUAAUGAUUGCCUAAGGCCCAGGGGCCCCAGGAUCCAGAUGGGGGCCUAGAACUCUCCCCGCCUGGCCCCGAAGGCAUUUCCACCUGGUGAUUCCCAAGCGGAGCCCCUUCCAAAGUCGGCUGUACUCACUGUCAGUCCUGGUUGCGUUUCCCUUUUUCUUGAGUGGUCUGUGUAUUUCCCUGGUGAGCAGAGUUGCUGAGUCUGGAGGCGUGCCCCGUUCACUGGCCACGUGGGGGCGACCCCCUGCCCACCGCGCAGCAGUGAGAGCACCCGGGUCCUCACUCUGAGGCUGCCCGGAGCUGGGGCCACGUGCGGCCAGGGAGUGCUGAAGCCCAUCCCGUGUCACAAAGUGCGGGGCUCGUCCCAGGGGGCCCCCAGAGCAGCCGGUGGCCGGCAGGAAGCACGGGAGGGCCCUGCGGGGUGUCUGCUGGUGUCUGCUGCCGUGUACAUUUCUGUUCCUGCUUAGUGAUGUGGUUGGUCUUCUUUCGUUUUCCCUUUGGCUUUCUUCUACUUUUAAACUGCUUUAGAUAUUACUGCUCAGUGUGUGUGAGCCUUCCUAGUUCCCCGGUCAGUGCCGCGGGGGAAGAAGCCGCAGUGUGCUGUGCUUAGAGCAGGUGGCCUUUCCACACUGUUGGCCACCUGGCGUGGCCACGAGGCUCCUGCUCGGGGAGAGGUCGUGUCAGGACUGUCGCUGUGCGUUCUGACUGUAGAUGGGCCGAUCGGGUGAGCUCGUGCUGGAGGAGUGCCCACUGGUGCAGCUGGUGGUCUGGGGAGACGCGUGGACUCCCAGCACCUGGCCCUUGGGGUUGAGGCCGCCAGCAAGUGGGGUGGGCGCCGGCACGCAGGCAGAGCUCGGGGGCCCUGCCCGUCCUUCCCUGGCUCUCAGCGUAGCCCCGCAGAGGGACAGGUGUGAGUAUGGAGAGAGCGGCUGAUCUUCUUCCUUUCUCAACAUGCUGAUCUGUGAGCCCAUGUGACACAGGACCGCCCUGUUUGUUCUUGUUACUUUGGUUGUGAAUCCUCCUGUGGAAUUGGCAGAAGCUACACUUGUCCUGCCCCUGCGAGCACGGUUGGCAUUGUCUGUGCUGUAGGUGUUGGCAGUGGCUGUCCCUGUGUGUGUACGUCCGUGUGUACCCCACAGCGGGUGUGCCUGUUGCUGUCCAGCGGUCGGCUCCAGGACGGCCUUGGGUUUCUUGGGGAGUCGGCUCGAGAUCAGGGUCCUGGUGGCAGGCUCCUUUGCCGGGUGCGCAGAAGUAAAUGCCGACCCGGUGCAUGCGUAGGAUUUUUGUGGACGGCCGGCCGCGGUGCCUGCCUGCACUGGGGUGACCGCAUGCUGCCAGCAGCGCCUUCUCCGGGGAAGGGCGCCGGGGCCGCCGAGGGGCGACUGUCCCAAGUGCCACAGUCGUCCCUGGGAGCCCACCCGGCAUGCUCACCUGACCUCCAGGGGCGUGUCCUUUUGCGACAUCUAGGUGGCUGGAAACCCUUCCCUCCCUUGAAACAUUAAAACCAAUUUUCUGAGCAUCAGAAAGGUCAUGACAAAGGGCAUUCGAAAGGGGACUCUGUCCUGACCGCAGGUCUGCCUUGGGAGGGGUCCACUGGGAAGGAGGAGGGACCACACAAUGCCAUCCUGCAGGAAGGGGCUGGGUGCAGGGGCCUACAGGCAGUAGCUUUUGGUAGAUUUUGUUUCCCUAGAAAAUGGGACAAUGUUUCAAGCUAAGUGAGGGGAGGCAGUUUGCACUGAAAUAAAUAAAUAUAUAUGUGUGUGUGUGUGUAUACACCCACACACACACACAUCGUUUUAAAAUACUAAAUGCAAAUGCAUGGCAAGCAACUGUCCGUGCGCGCUGGUUUCUGGUUUCUUCCUGUUGCUGGAAUCCCGCAAUGCUAGGUGGGUGUACCUCUGACCCCGACUCCCAUGUGCACCCCUGAGGGCCAGGCUGGAGGGUUAGGAUGGUUCCUUGGUGAUCUCCAUCUCGUAUGUCUGAAUGUUGACCUUAAGGUAAAGAUAACUGUUGUAAAAUAAAUGUUUUCACUGCAAACCA